AUGGAUGAUGCUGCUGCUAUAGAUGCGUCUCAAAGACGUAAUUUGGCUCAAAGACGUACCGUUGACAUAAGUUCACCUUUUGAAAGAUUGUACUAUUACAAAAGACAUGGAUUGCCUAUACCGACAGUGGAACCAGAAAGCACCUUUACUACAGAUGUAUUACCACCAUGCGUCUACAAAUCAAGGAAUCGUGUGGUAAAUAUGCCAAAUAAAUUCACCCACUUAAGCUCAAAUAAAGUUAAACAUAUCAUACCUGCCAUCAAAUGGACACCUGAAGGUAGAAGACUAGUUGUUGGUACAUAUAGCGGAGAAUUUUCACUUUGGAAUGGAUCGUCAUUUAAUUUCGAAAGUAUUAUGCAAGCUCAUGAUACUGCAGUUACUACAAUGGAAUAUUCUCGUGCCGGUGAUUGGAUGAUUAGUGGUGAUACUGAUGGUACUAUAAAAAUAUGGCAACCAAAUUUCAAUAUGGUUAAAGAAUUAGAUAGAGCUCAUACAGAAUGCAUAAGAGAUAUCGCAUUUAGUCACAACGAUUCUAAAUUUGUCACCUGUUCAGAUGAUAACAUCCUAAAGAUCUGGAAUUUUAGUAAUGGUCAACAAGAAAGAGUUUUAUCAGGACACCACUGGGAUGUUAAGAGUUGUGAUUGGCAUCCACAAAUGGGUUUAAUAGCAUCUGCAUCAAAGGACAAUUUAGUCAAAUUAUGGGAUCCACGUUCAGGUCAAUGUGUAUCCACAUUGUUAAAAUUCAAACAUACUGUAUUAAAAACAAAAUUCCAACCCACACAGGGGAAUCUCAUGGCUGCCAUUUCGAAGGAUAAGUCGUGUAGAGUAUUCGAUCUUAGACAAAGCAUGAAGGAAUUGAUGGUCACUAGAGAUGAAGUUGAUUAUAUGACGUUGUUAUGGCAUCCAAUUAAUGAAACCAUGUUUACUGUGGCAUGUUAUGAUGGAUCAUUAAAGAAUUUCGAUAUUCUACAAGACACGGAGGGGCCCACACAUACGAUUCCCUAUGCUCAUGACAAAUGCAUUACUUCGCUUUCUUACAAUCCGGUGGGCCACAUUCUAGCCAGUGCAUCAAAGGAUAGAACCAUUAGAUUUUGGACCAGAGCAAGGCCUUAUGAUCCAAAUGCAUUUGAUGAUCCCACAUAUAAUAAUAAAAAGGUCAAUGCAUGGUUCUUCGGGAUCAAUAACGGUAUCAAUGCUGUUAGAGAGAAAAGUGAAUAUGGAGCUGCACCGCCAACAAACACUACAGAUGGGUUAACACCAACUACAGCAAGCAAUGGAGGUUUACCUGGAGUCGAUUCGUCAUCAAAAGUAUCUAGUUUACCAGGUCUAAGUAUAUGA